UCAAAUUCCAAUUCCUCGGUGUCCCCCCAUUCCCCAACACCACCAGUCCACCACCGCCGCCACCCAAUCCGUCGCUCCCCUCCUCCCCGCCGGCGAUCGCCGCCGGGGACCUCCUCGGCGGGGGCCCGCUCCGGGGCCGGGCGAUGAAGCUGAAGAUCAACAAUGCGUGCGACAUCGCCUCCAUCUCCGUCCUCCCUUCCCGGAGGACAGGAGGGAGCAGCAGUGGCGGUGGCGGGAUGAGCGCGCCUGCUGCUGCUUCCGCGGCGGCGGCGGCGGCCGCGCAGCAGCAGCGGUCCCAGUCGAUGUCGCAGAAGUCCUUCUCGCAGGGUGGAGGCGGCGGCUCGUUCUCGCAGGGCGUCGGGGCGUCCUUCUCGCAGGGUGGAGGCGGCGGCUCGUUCUCGCAGGGCGUCGGGGCGUCCUUCUCGCAGGCCAUAGGCAGCGGAGGCGCGUCCUUCUCCCAGGCCAGAGGCAGCGGAGGCGCCGCGUUCUCUCAGGGCGGCGGAGGCGGAGGAGCCGCGUUCUCUCAGGGCGUAGGUGGUGGAGGCGCUGCGUUCUCUCAGGGCGGAGGUGGCGGAGGCGCGGCCUUCUCUCAGGGCGGUGGGAACGGAGUUGCGGCCUUCUCUCAGGGCGGUGGAAGCGGAGGCGCGUCCUUCUCCCAGGGCGGUGGCGGCGCGCCGCUCGUGCACGCGCAGUCGCAGCUCUCGCAGGCCUCCCUCGACGCGAACCUCCUCAGCCUCCUCUCGCAGGCUCCCGCGCGCGACCAGAGAUUUGCCUUGCAACAGGACUCGUCGAAGAGGACAUCUUCAUAUCCUGCCAGUUCAGCUUCUUGUGUGCGCGAGGAAUCUCAGCUGCAACUGACAAAGAUACCAACCAACCCUAUCCACCGCUGGAGCCCCUCUCUUCCGGAUAGCAGAUGUCAGGUUAAUGAAGAAGUUGAGCGCAAAUUUCAGCAUCUUGCCAGUUCAGUACAUAAGAUGGGAAUGAUAUUAGACUCAGUGCAAAAUGAUGUGAUGCAGUUAAACAGAGCCAUGAAGGAGGCAUCACUGGACUCUGGUAGCAUUCAGAAAAAGUUUGCGCUCCUAGAGGACUCUCUAAAGCAAAUUCUUAAGGAACAAGAUGACCUCAAAGCAGUCGUUGAAGAAAUCACAGAAAGUAAUCCUGACCAACUGAGUGUUCUCAACUCUCUCGCCAGCAAACAGGAUGAGAUGUCUUCGUUACUUUCAGUCUUGCCAAACCAUGUGCAAGGAGAACUGGGGCAACUGAAGGCUGACAUCUUCAGAACUUUCUCAAAGGAGAUGGAGGGGAUGGUUAGAGCUGUCAGAUCUGUUGAUACCAGGCUUGACCAGAUGCAAAUGCUGGCAAACCAGACAAGAGUAGCAAACGGAAGCCCCCUGAUGAUGCAGACACCAGUAGCCUAUGGAAGCCCCCUGAUGAACCAGACAACAGUAGCAGAUGGAGGCCCCCUGAUGAACCAAGGACCAGUGGCAGAUGGGAGGCCGCGGAAGAAACAAAGGCCAGCGGCAAAUGGAAGGUCCCAGAGGAAGAAGCUAACACCUGUAGCAAAUGGAAGGCCCCAGAGGAAGAAACAAAGACCAGUAGCAAACGGAAGGCCCCAGAGGAACCAAAGACCAGUACCAAAUGGAAGGCCCCAGGUGAAACAAGCAGAGACAGCAGAUGCAAGUCCGCAGAUGAACCAGAAACCCGAGGCAAAUGGAGAGGCCCUGAUGAACCGAGUAGUACCAGUAACACAAGCUGUCAGUGCCAGCGCUCCUGCACCCUUGGUUUACCACAGGAAGACAGAAGGUGUGAAGCCAAAUGUGGAGAAGGGGAUGGCAAAGGCCGCCACAGAAGCGCGGAAAUUGGACGGCUCAGGCGACAGCAGGCCGGCGCCACCUAAAGAGCAAGAGCUGGCGAUUCAGAAGGACAAUGAAGAGGCGCCCAUCAACAAGGCGACGUUGACCAUUGUCAUCGACUCGGACGAGGAGGAGGGGGGCGUCAUGCUGAAGGCCGGAGCAGGUGGCGCCGGUGGUGCGGCGGCGGCGGAGGAGGCGGUGGGCGAGGUGGAGGCGCUGGAGAUGCUGCGGCGGGCGAGGAAGCGCCGGCGGAGGGAGGAGGCCAGCGCCGCCGCGCUGGACCGCUGCUAGACUGUGUAUUCACUAACUAGUACUCCUUCCGUUCGGAAUUACUUGUCGCAGAAGUGGAUGUAUUUAGACAUAUUUUAGUUGUACAUACAUCCAUUUUCCGAGACAAGUAAUUCCAAACGGAGGGAGUAGCAGCAACCCAACGGUAGCGAUUGGCGUACAGAUGCAGAGGCGGGUCGACAGACAGUGGCUUCAGAAGAGAGGUUAGGGGGCGGAUUACAGAGGGAGAGGUACAGAUUUACUACUAGAGUACACAGCAAGGGCAGAUGUUCACGGUACACUGCUGUCACAGUGCCAUUUUCAUCUGCUGUUCCAGCCUGAUGAUGGAGCCGUUUUGCUCGUC